UAAUAUUAGAACUGAUUAUUGAUAAAAAAAAUGAAUAAAUUACCGGCAUAUCCGAUUAGUGCCUGCGAACGGGGGAUUGACGAUAAUAGUUUGCCUCCAGAAAACCUGGCACAUUCUGUCUCCACACUCUACGUCAUAAAAGCUGCAAUCUGUAUUGUUAUGUUUAACGUGUGCUUAUCGUCUUUUGGCUAUAUCUGUUAUAAAUUUGUCAACGAUUUACAAGAUGAGCAACGUAUUCAGGUAACCGAUGGCCUUUGUUGUCUCGCUGGCAUGACGGUUAUUGUAUGGCUAAUUCGCUGUGGAGACUUGUCCAAGAAUAAUUCAAACCUCUACUACAUUUGACUUAUUAGUCGGAUUCUAAUUAUUUGCUUGUAAAGUAUGAGUAAAUGAAUUAUAUUAAAUUCUCAGCUUGGCAGCUCAUUUAACCAGUUAACAUUUAAA